CCCUUUCAACGCAAAGUAAAGAGAUGAUGCUUUUCUUCUUCGUCUUUUCCCAGACUGCCCCUUGUGCCGCACUGAAAAUUUGAGUAUUACCAGUUCACCGUCUUCUCCCUACUCACUCAAUACGUUCUUCGGCCCGAAUACAACAGACCCUGUGGUUGUAGCCCGUUGGGACUCACCCCUCGAUUCUGUACAGCCAUACUACUACUACACCAUGCACACUGAGACGGCCGCAUCCGUCGAUUUGCAAUCGGAUGGUUAAAGAUACCUGCUGUGCCAAAUCAAGGAACUGGAUGAAAUGUAGUCAUCUCAUCCGCCAACCCAACCGUCGCGCCGCCGCCGCUAGGUAUCACAUUCGACAUGCCCUGUUCAUCAUCAAUCGCUCCAUUCAUCCUGCUCUCGUAUCGUCACCGCCCGCACGCUCCCCCCCAAGGAUCCCUUUCCCCGUCUGGCAGCUCACAAAUCCGGCAAGUAUGCAACCGUACAGCUUGGGCAUACUCCCACUUUGGCUGCCGCUCGGGCGAACGACGAUCAACUCGGGAAAAAAAGGAGAAGUGGGGAUCUCGACCUUGGAAUGAAAUCAUGCGGAGGAACAGCCGCCCACGUGAGCCCAUCACUCCCGCGCGCGUCCGGCUACCCAACCAUCUGAGCAGAGGCUUCAUCGGAUAUCCACCACGUCAGGGACCCCAUGAUCGAUGCCCAUCUACACUAGUAGUAGGUAUCCAUCCCAUUUGCAUUGCAGACGACAUCGAGCAGGUCCCCAAACGGCAAUCAGAGGCCGAGCUGCCCCGAGAGAGCCUCGUCGCACGGGAUAGUCCAACGCAGCAAUGCUCACACCGAUUCGCCCUCGUCGCAGACACUUUGACCCAGAAACGCAAAUCCAAAACCCACGUGCUGCCUGCAUCGGUUGAGCUUGGGCCUCGUCUUAGCGUAUGUACAUGCACAGCACCAUGCAUUGCCCCCCGCCGUACGUGAUGGCGUCGUCUAAACAAGUAAAGUAGAGAUGUCCUGUCUCGGUCACUGUCAAACUCAAACCCCGGGUGGCUUGCUUGUUGCUGUCACCGGCGACUUGCUGCUGUUCGUCACUCCAAACCCAGCCAGAGUCCGCUUCAUGUUGUAAAGCACAAUGUCGAUCCCACAGAGACGCAAUCUUUUCCCCCGAUCCCGGCGACAGCUAGAUACAGCGGCCCUCGAGCACCAGCUUGGCGG